CAAAAAGGGAGGAAGACGCGUUUUUAGAGGAAACAUUAUAGACAGAAACAGACAUGCCUGAGCCCCAGAAGCCAGAAGCCAAGGGCGAUAAGGCUGCAGCAGCCCCUGCUGACAAUAAGGAGAAUUUACCAGGAGAGGAGCCUCAGCUGUCGGAGCUGACCGGCCUGUUCGUGCAGAAACCGGAGACCGUCACGGCAAUAAAAGGCAAGGACAUCACCUUUGUGGCUAAAGUAGAUUCCUCCAACCUGACGAGGAAGCCCGGCAUGAAGUGGCUGAAGGGGAAGUGGCUCGACUUGGGCAGCAAAGCCGGAAAGCACCUGCAAUUCAAAGAGACCUACGACAGGAACACCAAGAUCUACACUUACGAGAUGAGCAUCAUCAAAGUGGUGGAUGCAGACGCAGGUGGCUAUCGCUGCGAGGUCACCUCCAAAGACAAGUGCGACAGCUGCACAUUCGAAGUCUCCGUGGAGGCUGUACAAGAGGAGCAGCAGGCCAACAUCCUGGAGGCGUUUAAGCGAUCUGGUGAUGCAGGUGAGGACGCCGGCGAUCUGGACUUCAGUGCCCUCCUCAAGAAAAGGGAGAAGAAACAAGAGGGUCCUAAAGAGGAAGUGGAUGUGUGGGAAAUCCUGAAGGCGGCCAAGCCCUGCGACUACGAGAAGAUUGCCUUUGAGUAUGGCAUCACAGACCUCAGGGGCAUGCUGAAGAGGCUGAAGAAGAUGAAGAAGGUGGAGCCCAAGAAGAGUGACGCUUUCCUGAAGAAACUGGACCCAGCCUACUCGGUGGACAAAGGCAAGAAGAUCCAGCUGACCGUGGACGUGGCCGACCCCAACGCUCAGGUCAAGUGGCUCAAGAACGGACAGGAAAUCAAACCAUCAGCCAAGUAUGUGUUUGAGAGCGUGGGCAACAAGCGGACACUCACCAUCAACAAGUGCAACCUGUCAGAUGACGCAGCGUACGAGUGUGUGGUGGGAGAGGAGAAGUGCUUCACCGAGGUUUUUGUCAAAGAGCCCCCGGUCACCAUCACCAAGCUGCUGGACGACGUCCACACCGUGGUGGGUGAGAAAGUCGAGUUUGAGGUGGAGGUGUCUGAGGAAGGAGCCAAUGUCAAAUGGAUGAAAGAUGGAGUUGAGUUGACUAGAGAGACAGCGGGCUCUAAGUACAGGUUUAAGAAGGACGGCACGAGGCACAUUCUGAUUAUAAAUGAGGCCACCAAAGAGGACAUAGGGAUGUACCAAGCCCUCACCAACGGCGGGGAGUCGAAGGCGGAGCUGGAGGUUGAAGAGAAGGAGCUGGAGGUUCUGCAGAGCAUCGCUGAUCUGACGGUGAAGGCCUCGGAGCAGGCCAUGUUCAAGUGUGAAGUCUCCGACGACAAAGUGACCGGGAAGUGGUUCAAGGACGGCGUCGAAGUCCAACCCAGCAGUCGCAUCAAAAUGUCACACAUCGGAAGGACCCACAAGCUUACGAUUGAUGACGUGAAGCCCGAGGAUGCUGGAGAUUAUACCUUUGUUCCCGACGGCUACGCUCUUAAUCUCUCCGCAAAACUCAACUUCCUGGAAAUCAAGAUCGACUAUGUUCCCCGCCAAGAUCCUCCCAAAAUCCACCUGGACACGAGCGGCGGCGGCAAUAAGAACACGAUUGUCGUCGUGGCUGGAAACAAACUCCGCUUUGACGUGGAGAUCUCCGGAGAGCCGGCGCCCACCGUGUGCUGGAUGAGAGGAGACCAAGUGAUAGCGGAGGCUGAGGGCAGAGUUCGGGUGGAAACGAGGAAGACCCUGAGCAGCUUCGUCAUCGAGGGGGCGGAGAGAAGCGACGAGGGCAAAUACAACAUCAGCGUGAUCAACCCCGCCGGAGAGGACAAGGCCGAGCUCUUUGUCAAGAUCGUGGAUGUGCCCAACCCUCCUGAGAAUGUCAAAUGCACGUCAGUUGGCGAGGACUGUGCCACGAUCACAUGGGACCCGCCUGCGUUUGACGGCGGAGUUCCCGUUAAAGGGUAUCUGAUGGAGAGGAAGAAAGUGGGCUCGGCCAGAUGGACGAAACUCAACUUUGACGUUUAUGAGUCCACCACGUACGAGGCGAAGAAGAUGAUUGAAGGCGUGCUUUAUGAGAUGAGAGUCUUCGCCGUCAACGGCAUUGGCAUCUCGCAGCCCAGUGGAAACUCAAAGCCCUUCAUGCCCAUUGCCCCCACCAGCGAGCCCAUUCGCCUCACGGUGGACGAUGUGACCGACACUACCUGCGCGCUCAAGUGGCGUCCUCCAGAAAGGAUCGGAGCGGGCGGCAUCAGCGGCUACAUCAUCGAGUACUGCAAAGAAGGAACUGAUCAGUGGGUGCAGGCCAACCAGGAGCCGGUGGAAAAGAACCAGUAUCGGGUGAAGGACCUCCCAGUGGGAGAGAAGAUGCUCUUCAGAGUUGUGGCUGUCAACAUGGCCGGACGCAGCCCCCCCGCCACCCUGGGGCAGGCCGUCACCAUCAGAGAGAUCAUGGAGAACCCAAAGAUCCGCUUGCCUCGCAAUCUGAGAACCAAACUCAUCAGGACGGUGGGCGAGAAGGUCAACUUGGUCAUCCCCUUCCAGGGGAAGCCUCGCCCCGUGGUGACCUGGCUGAAGGACGGCGUGCCCCUGGAGGACAAGACGGUCGGGACUCGAACCAGCGACCUGGACUCCAUCCUCUUCAUCCGCUCGGCAGAGAGAGCCCACUCCGGCAGAUACACGCUGUCCGUUCAGAUUGAGAACAUGUCGGACAGCGCCGACCUGUACAUCCAGAUUGUAGAGAAGCCCGGUCCUCCCAUUGAUGUGCACGUCACAGACGUUUGGGGUUUCAAUGCCGCGCUGGAGUGGAAGCCGCCCAAAGACAACGGCAACUGCGAAAUCAUCGGCUACACCAUCCAGAAGGCCGACAUGAAGACCAAGGAAUGGUUCACGGUCUAUGAGCACAACCGCAGGCCCAGCUGCACUGUGUCUGACCUGGUCAUGGGGAACGAGUAUUCCUUUCGAGUGUUCAGCGAAAACAUCUGUGGCCUCAGCGACUCGGUCGGCAUCAGCAAGAACACCGCCGUCAUCGCCAAAACAGGGCUGACGUAUAACCCGGCGCCGUUCAAAGAGAAAGACAGGAGCAGCUCCCCCAAGUUCAUCACGCCCCUGGUGGACAGGUCCGUGGUCGCAGGCUACAGCGCCGCCAUCAGCUGCGCCGUCCGCGGCUACCCCAAGCCCAAGAUCAUCUGGAUGAAGAACAAAAUGAUCAUCGGCGAGGACCCCAAGUUCCUGAUGCAGAACAACCAGGGCGUGUUGACCCUGAACAUCCGCAAGCCGAGCCUGUUCGACACGGGGAAGUACACCUGCCGGGCCGUCAACGACCUCGGCGAGGACGAGGUGGAGUGCAAGCUGGAGGUCCGAGCCGUACAAGAGAAAGGAGAGGAGGAGAAGAAAUGAGCGACAACACGCAACAGCGGAGGAUACAGUCGAACAGGAAUCGUAAUGGAUUAUGUGUAACGGGAUAGUCAUGAAUAAAUAUGAUUAGAAUAGAUCAUUGGUGAAGCUCUAAAGCCCCCCCUCCCUCCGCACCCACCCCUCCACACCUCCAUGUAUGCUUUCCUCUCACCGCUGCUAUGACGAAUGCUACAUCAGUAAUGUACCAUAAAUUAUUACAGCAAGCUGCCGCCUUGUCACAGCCUAAUUGAGAGUAGCUAGCGUGCGCUGUUACUGUUACCGCAUGCAGACGGAUCCCCUGUUAUCUGUGA